AUGCGUGGAGUCCACAAAAAAGGAGAUCCGGUCGCUUUCAUUCGGUUUCUUGGAUCCCCUAAUUUUCACAAACGGGCCCAAUGGAACCUGGAAAUUGUUGGUGUCAACUACCGGAACGUCAAAGGCUUUGUUCGGAAGGCACUCAUCAUCUUCCAUCCAGAUAAACAAACUGGACGAGGAUUUGAAGAAUGGAAAGUUUUGGCCGAAGAGGACCCCACCACCACUUCCAACUCAAUCGAAAUCCCAGAACAACUAAUUUGUCGAGAUUCAAUAAUCUCUGAAAUAUACGGAGAUAGCCUUACCGUUGACAACAUUGCCAAUUUUUCAAAAAUGGCAAUUUUGUGUCCAAAAAACACGGACGUUGACAAAAUAAAUGAAGAAAUUUUAAACAUUCUUCAAGGAAAUUCAGUAACUUAUUUAAGCACUGAUUCAGUUGAUGAUGAAAAUCCACAGGAUAGAGAAUUUUAUCCAGUUGAAUUCCUAAAUGGUUUAACGCCAUCUGGAAUGCCAGUGCAUAAGUUAAAUCUUAAAAAAGGUAGCAAUGUUAUGCUCCUUAGAAACUUAAAUACGAAACGAGGACUAUGUAAUGGCACCCGUCUAAUCGUUGAAGACUUGAAGCCAAAUUUAAUAAUUGCAAAAGUGCUUACAGGGUCUGCACAGCAACAAAUUGUAUUCAUUCCAAGAAUUGAUUUGGCAACUACAAAUCAAGAUUAUCCAUUUGUCUUACGAAGACGACAGUUCCCAAUUAAAUUAGCAUUUGCAAUGACAAUUAAUAAGUCUCAAGGGCAAACGUUAGACAAAGUUGGAGUAUAUCUCCCUGAACCAGUUUUUAGCCAUGGCCAAUUAUAUGUUGCCUUAUCCAGAGUGAGACGCUUUGCAGAUGCAAAAAUUAAGAUAAUAGACGGCCCAGAACAAGGUAAAUUAAUUGAGGGCUCGGACAGAAUGUUUACCAAAAAUGUGGUUUACAAAGAAAUAUUUUCUAACCAAUUAGAACCGGAUAGUCCUUAA